GGAGGGAGGAAAGAGAGAGAGCAAAAAAGAUUGAAGGAAGAAGAAACAAAGAAACUGAAAGAGAUUGAAGGAGAAAAGAAGAUGAAGAAGCAAGAUGGAGAAUUUUUGAAUGAAAAAGAUGAGAAAACAUUACAAGAAGUUUCAGGAAGGAAAACUAGAAGAAUGAGUGGGGAAGAAGGAAUAAAGGGAUUGACAGCAGAAGGGACAAAGGGAAUGAAAGUAAUUGAAGGAGAGAGCAAGAUGAAUGAGCAAGGUAGGAAAGAAAAUUCGAAUGAAAAUGAUAGAAAGAAGAUAAGACUGGCUUUAGGGAGUGAAAUUAAAGGAAUGAGUGAAGAAGGGGAUAGAAAAGAAGGGGACAACAGACUGAAAGAGACUGAAAGAAAAAGCAAUAUGAAGGAUCGAGAUAGGAAAACGAAUUUGAUUGAUAAUGAAAGGAAUGAGUUGAGUGGAAGUUUAGGGAAUAAGUCAAGAAAAAUGAGUAAAGAAGGAGUGAGGAAAGAAGAGAAUGAGAGAUUGAUAGAAGUUGAAGAAAAGAAGGAAAAGGUGCAUGAAGGAAAAGAAAAUUUGAAUGAAAAAGAUAGGAAAAAGGUGGGAGGAGUUUUAGGGAAGGAAACUAGAAGAAUGAGUGAGGAAGGAAUGAGAAAUGAUGAAGGAAAUGGCAAGGUGAUAGAGAGUGAUGUAGCAAGUAAGGGAAAGAAGCUUGUUGGGAAAGAAAAUUUGAAUGAAACAGAGGGGAAAAUGUUGAGAGGAGAUUCGAGGAAGGAAACUAGAAGAAUGAGCGAGGAAGGAAUGAGAAAAGGGAAAGAGAAAUUGAUGGAAGAAGGGCAAAAUGUGGUGAAUACAAAAGUUGAAGGAGGAAAUGUGAGAACGGAAAAAAAUCAGAAGGAAAAUUCACCUGAAAAUGUUGGGAAUGAGUUAAAGAAUGUGACGGGAAUGAAGACAAGAAGAAUGAGUGGUGAUAGCGUUAGGAAUGAAGGUGAAAGAAAGAGGUUGAAAGCAGACGAAGAAGUGACGAAAGGGAAAGAAAACGAAGGAAAAAGUGGGGUGAAAGAGAGCAACAGGGGAGGGAGUUUGAUUGGGGAAGAGAUGAAGGAGUCGAAAGAAGUCGGCAGAAAAACAAGGCGAACGAGUGGCGAAGGAGUAAGACUUGAGAAGGAACUUGCAGACCUAAAUGUCCGGGAAGGGGACGAAAUGAAGGGUCCAACUUGUGGAGUUGCAAAGGAUUGUGGACACCAUUCAUCCGUUGGAAAUCCCUCUCAGUCAGCCUCGAGUGACAUUGAGAUUUUCCAAAAACAUCUUCAACAGAGAAGACAGGAAUGGAUGUCACAGUGCAGCUCCUGGAAGAAUGAGUACCAAAACGGUGGCACCGCUGUUGGUUCGACGGAGGAGCAGUGUCGCCGGCAAGCAGUUCGAAGACGUCCUCCAUCCAGGAAGCGGAUACCCACUCCUCUUCCUGUCUCUCUUCUUUUGCCUCCCUCAUCACCUGGGACUUCCCUUCAACAGCUUACCACAGUCCAACUCCAAGACCUACCAGGCUGUAGUUUGUCCACCUUGGGUCAGUGUAUCAACCUGCAGUGUCUAUCAUUGGUCAACUGUCAUAUCUUGUCCCUGGAUGGACUUCAACCAUGCUCACAGCUCAAAUACAUCAACGUCCAGAACAAUGACAUUGAGUACGUCAACCUGAAAGGGGUGACCAGUGUCCAGUACGUUGAUCUAAAUAGGAACAAACUGACCGCGGUCCAUGGCUUUGAUGGUCUGACCAAUUUGGUGUGGCUCAACUUGGCCCACAACAACAUCACCAAACUGGAUGCUGGACUUGAAACCCUCACCCAGCUGCACACCCUGAAUCUCUCCAACAACCAACUCCUCAGCAUCUCGUCACUCCGCCACAUCCAGGUGGCGCUGCAGACCCUGGAUCUUUCUGGCAACCAGCUCCAACAGAUGACCGACCUGGCCAGUCUGGAGCUGCUCCGCACCUUGGAUGUUUCCAAGAACAACCUAUCUCAGAUUCCUUUACUGAAGAACCAAGUCCUCCUCUCCAACCUGCAGCUCUCCGACAACAACUUGACCUGUGUGGCGUCCCUGGGUACCAUUUGGUGUCCGUUGCUGUGGCAACUUAAUUUAGGACAGAAUCGGCUGAUCUCUCUCCCACGGAUGGAUCACGCUCAACAGCUUGAGUCACUCAAUGUGAGUGACAACCAGCUUACAGGCAUUCAAGAUAUUGUGGGCUCCGUGUCCCACUGUUCCUCUCUCACUGAUAUUUAUACAGCUGGUAACCCCUGCUCUGAGGAAGAAGGCUUCAGGGUCAGACUAGAAGCAUCUCUGCCAAGCUUACAAAAAAUCAACGGGGCACCUGUUGGCAGCGGAACUGCAGUGGAGUCUGCCAGCAGCGAUACUGCAGCGGAUAAAGUCGGCAGCGGAACUGCAGUGGACAGUAUCAGCAGCGUGGUUUCAGCGGACUGCGAGUGGAAACAAUUAAACGAUACAUAUAAGAGCCAAGUGAAAAUGUUCCGUGAUGCGGAAGAAAAACUCCGGGAGAAGAUCAAACAUCUAAAUGAAACAGACCCCCUAAAUGUGAGCAGCAUGUGUGACGCCUGGGUCGAGCACUGCCAUAUCACCCACACACUGGCUGUACAGUGUCGCUACUGGCAUGAACAUGGGACACCGUUUGAUUCAGCACUGCCUUCACCUGGGAUUGAAACCUCCACAGCUGGAAACACAGGUUCUGAGAGAAUUCCUGUGAAUUCAACCGCAAUGAAGAUCAGCCCUGUGGUGAGUUGCAUUGAUACAACCACCAACACCACCGCAACCACCACCACUACAACUACCAAAACCACCACCACUGCUUCCAUCACCAUUCCCAGUACUGGCUCACUGUCACCGGUCAGGGCCUCAGAUGAUGUUGAUGCUAGCAACAGCAGCGACUGCAGCAGCAGUAAAAGGAAGACUGUGGCUGCCACGCAGAUACAGGCAGUAUGGAGGGGAUUCUUACUCCGCAACAAGCUCAAGGCAGCCCUCUGCUUUGCUCAGAUGGCCUACGAUGAUGAGAAUGAGAGUGAGUUUGGCGAAGAUAUUGAUUUAGGGGUCUUUGAGCUGGCUGAGGCCGACCUCGAUAAAGAGUGGACUCCUCCUGUUGCUCCAGAGGUCCCUAAAAGGUAUCCAGUUAUUGGUUUGUCCUCUCUGGAGUGUGGCAUCGCUGAGCACGCGACCCCGCUGAUGACGGGUCCUCCCAACACUGAAGCGAACCCCAACGCCAUGGUGACAACACCCCCUGGUAGCAGCUGGAAGGGUUUGCCAUUGACUGCACGGCUACCGUCAUCACAAACCCCACUGCGGCAUCAGGUUCUCUCGUUACAGCAGACUGAGGCCUCAUCAGCGCCACCAAUGACAGGGUCGCUAUUCUCAUGGACACCACCGCCACGAACACCACCUCUGCUAUCUACACCACCGCUCUCGACAACACCGGCGUCUUCGUCAUUAUUACUAUCAGCAGCUCUCCCACCACGGCCACCCAUGUCGUCGCGUCGACAGGCAUGGAUCAGUCCUCGUUCUGUAGGAAGGAGCUCAUGCAGGAUGGCUAUGCCUGGAGGCCACAACCAGAGCCAACCCGAGUUGGAGACACCGUCGCAGUCACCUGACCUGUCCUUGCUGUCGCAGCGGCGCUCGGAGAGUCACCAGCCAACCGCAUCCUCUGGUAACAUUUCACGCCUCACCGAUUCUCAGAUAUGUGAAGAAUGGGGCUUCCAGGAUCCCAGAACAGCAAAAGUGAUGAGAGAACGUGCAAAGAAAAUGAAGCUAAAUGCAGAACGACGCAAGAAGCUCAAGAAAUUGGAUCCGCAGCAAAGGUUUGUCCUGUUCCAGAAGCUUCACGUGUUACCAAAUGUCCGAACUUUCCCCACGAAAACACACCAGCAACAACAACAACAACAACAGCAGCAGCAGCAGCAGCAGAAGAGAGAUUAUUUAUUACAAAAUCACCAUCUCCAGCUCGAUCUGCCUCCGUCUCCAUCAAGGCUGGUCCUUCCCACUAACAGCACUGAAGAUGAGAAUCAAGUGAAAGAAUGCCGAACCUACCUGUGGGUACACACCCAGGUACCCAGCCUCUGUGGGAAUGACUCCCUGCACUCCUUCGGGGAUUCAGUGAUCGGUAAACCUAACAGAAACCUGGAGUAUAACCAAAGCUACACUCAGGUGUCAUCCAUGGCACCCCUUGAUGUACACAGGGUAACCAGUGCCAGCAGGGGUCACGCUGUGGACCUUACUGACACCAGCAGCUUCUCAGGUUCAAGUCAAAGCCGAUCCACCAACUCUGCAAAGAUGAAACAAGUCCAGCUGCCUCCAAUUCCUCAUUCACCGCUGUUUAUUGAAGCGCCACAGGGCCGUGGGCAGCCCCAGGACAGCAACCACCAAAGCCACCCCCACCACCAACGCCACCACCAUCACCGUUACCAUUACUAUGGCAAUAACCAGAAGCAGGUCCGUGAAACAGAGAGGAGUGGUGGAUGGGGGGGUGGCCGUAGACGGAACAUGCAAAAAUAAUCUCAUUCUAUGUAUAUAUUAAUAUAAAUAAAUAUAUGUGUGUGUGUAUAUAUAAAUAAAUAUAUGUGUGUAUAUAUAAAUAUGUAUCAGUUUUUAAAGUUACCUCUACCGAUUGUUCUA